GCCACACAUGUCCUGCUUUCCCCGCUGAGCUCUGGGGAGGGUGGACAUCUGCAGCCCCUGCUUCUGAGGACAGAGACUUUUGAUGCAGGGCUGCCUGCUUUAAUUUCUAAAAGGUGCUUAGCUAUAGCAAAUUAUUAGUAUUUCCAGCUUUGGAAUUGCCUGAAGUGAAUGCAGAUGAGAACCGGGCCUUUGGGAUUUUCUCUCCUCCAUGUACAUCCGGAGAAGUCAUCCACUGUCGCAUUGAGUGACUACUGCUCGUCAGAUGUAUGCUAGACGUGGAGUAUGUGAAGAUGUGGCUUCUGUCCUUGGGAACUGGCGGAAGUUGGAAGUGACUUUGGACUAAGUGUUCCAGUUUUGCAAGAUUAACCAUCUCCCGGUCGCAAAGUAGUAAUCUUAUUGCCGUCUGGAAACUGUUGAGAUGAAGAUGUAAAAACUAAGAAAUUAUAGACUGAAGUACUGCUUCGUUUCUUGAUUUCCUCUGACUGAAGCCGUGAAACAGUGGGGAAAGAAGAGCACAGAAGUCCCCUUUCCUAUCACAGGAGGCAGAGAGAUAAACACGUUUUACCUCACAAAGCCUGAGUCGGGAUUGAGGAGUCCGCAGAAGGCCGGUGGGCUCGGCCGGCGAUCUCCACUGCCUCACCAUGACCGCUGAGAAUCCGGCGCCUGGAGACCUGGCCCUGGCGCCCCUUCUCACCUGCAAACUCUGCCUGUGUGAGCAGUCUCUGGACAAAAUGACCACGCUCCAGGAGUGCCAGUGCGUCUUCUGCACAGCUUGCCUGAGACAGUACAUGCAGCUGGCGAUCCGAGAAGGAUGUGGGUCGCCCAUCACUUGCCCCGACAUGGUGUGCCUAAACCACGGGACCCUGCGGGAAGCCGAGAUUGCCUGUUUGGUUCCUGUGGAUCAGUUUCAGCUUUAUCAGCGGUUAAAAUUUGAACGAGAGGUUCACCUGGACCCCUGCCGGACGUGGUGUCCUGCCGCAGACUGUCAGACCGUCUGCCCCGUGGCUCCGAGCGAGCCAGGCCAGCCUGUGCUGGUGCAGUGCCCUGCAUGCCAGUGGAAGUUCUGCUCAUGCUGCAAGGACGCGUGGCAUGCGGAUGGCUCCUGCAGGGACAGCCAGCCUGUUGUCCUGCCAACAGAGCACGGGGCCCUCUUUGGCAUGGACGCAGAAGCCCCCAUUAAGCCGUGCCCUGUGUGCCGGGUGUACAUCGAACGCAACGAGGGCUGCGCGCAGAUGAUGUGUAAGAACUGCAAGCACACGUUCUGCUGGUACUGCCUCCAGAACCUGGACAAUGACAUCUUCCUGAGACACUAUGACAGAGGGCCCUGCAGGAACAAGCUAGGCCACUCGAGAGCCUCGGUGAUGUGGAACCGAACCCAGGUGGUGGGGAUCCUGGUGGGCCUGGGCGUCAUCGCCUUGGUGACGUCGCCCCUGCUGCUCCUGGCGUCCCCGUGUAUUGUCUGCUGUGUCUGCAAGUCCUGUCGGGGCAGGAAGAAAAAGCGCGACCCCCCCACCACCUAAGUUCUCCACUCAUGUCCACAUGCCACACACAGGUGUCUGGGCUCUGCAGGACAGCACGGUGGUAAAGCCCCACUAGCGACCUUGCCUCCUCCUCCUCCUCGCCAAACUUUGGAAGUGCCUCUGUGUCCAGACUUUGAACCUGCCCGCCUGCCUUCAGCGUCAGUAAAGGCCCAGCGUGGGUGUGUGUGUUCCUGUGUAAAGAGAACUGGUGUCUUUAGUACAUUUGGGGCAGCAUGUUGGGAGCUUUGGGGUGCUGGGGAGGAGCUAACACAUCCUCGCUUUAUCAUCCCAAGGAUCCCACUAGACUGUCGAAUUUCCAUCCAAAUUCCAGGAGCCCCAGGGAACAUGCCGUGUGAUAACCGAGCUGUCGGGGGGCAAUGCACAUGCUGGCUGAGGAGUCGGAGUCUGCUCUGUGUCGAUCUGACUCCCAUGUAGGGUGGGAAGGAGAAGGUCUAGACUAUAGACUGUAAGAUGUAGAUUCAUAAACAUAACCUUUAAAACAGUGUGAUAUCAUGCCAUCUCAUUUUGUAAAAACUAAUGGAUAAUCAAGUUAUUUACAUAUUUUCAAACACAAUUCAGAGCAGCUCACUUCUCAGCAAAACCUAUUUAGUAUUGCUCUUUUGGCAUCUAGUAGAGUAAUUGGAAUACUUUAUGUACAAGAAACUGAUAAAAUGACAGAAACGUGUAAACUAAAAUGGAAAUGCUUUAUACAUCUUAAAUAGUAUGAAUUUGUAUCACCUCAUUGUGAGUUAUUUUUCCCAUUGUGCCUUUAGCCAGAUUUUGGAUAAAUGGGUUUUGAAAAGGUAAUUUUUUUCUUCAGUGACCUCUCAUUACUGAAUUGCCCUGAGCAGUUAGCCUGGUGCUUCUUGGGAACAUGUGACGUGCCAGCCGAGGGCUCUCCUUAAAGCUGGGUGGGCCACAUCAGGAACGACGAUGUUUUCCAAGGUUACGGGGCUCCUAGGUUGUGAAAUUGCUACUCUCGACCUGUUGUUAAAGAAUGAUGCUUUGCUUAUGCAAUGGAAUGAAACCUGAGCGGGAUGUGCAUUUUUAAGGAACUUUAAUUCACACGUGCAUAUUGAUACUAACAGAUGUAUAGUGCAGCUGUUGGUCAUGUACUUUUUUUUUUUACUGUUCGUAUAGAACAUAGGUGAAAACUCUGGGAAAAUUUUGAGUGGCAGCCAGCCAAAAAUAUUUUUAUCACUUACUGGGAAAUUCUCGAUAUAAAGUAUCUUCAUUUCCUUUUGAAACUCGAAACAGUUCAGAAAAAAGAAAUCAAUACUGUCUCCUAUCAAUAUAUUUCAUACUCAUAUAAAUAUAAAUGUACAUAUAUUUGAAUAAUCUGGUUGGUUUUACAUUGCCUCAAAAGGGCAUUUAUAACUGCUCAGGGGAUCACAGGAGCUCAACUGGAAUUAAAUUUCUGUAUCAAGGAUGUCAGUCACGGCAAUGAACUCCCGCCUUAGGAACCUGUCUGUGCUUGGUCCCACGAGGAAUCUUAACGGGCUGAUUUUAAGUAACCUCAAAUGCUGUAUUAUCAGCGAUAGAGCUCCUGAGUUUUGAGUGAAGUUGGAAGAAAACAUCUAUGCUAUUUCCUUGGCAAAACUAAAAGAAGGAACUUACCUUCUCACAGAUACACUAGAACAGAAAUAACAUUUUUUUUGUGUGUGCGUGUGGAGGAUAGGAAGUGAGGGUUGUAUGUCAAACAGAUUUUAAAUGACUGGAUUUAAGUUUAUAAAGGUUGAAAAGUACCUGCAAAAAUGGUGACAUCUUCCUUAAAGAGCUAAAUGAAUUGACCUGUGUGAGCUUGUCAGAAUCAACAGGAACAGGUUGGUAGGUUAAGCCCAAAUACAUCUCUAGGGCAUCAAAGAGCAACAUGCAGGCUGAUGUAGAAGCUUUGUUUAUAAAGGAGAAAGCUGACGACUUUGAUAACAGAGACUGAUGUUUUUGUUCAGGAUCGGUGCCCAGUGAAAGAGUUUAAUCUGUGUCCUUCCUUUGUCCAUCAGCCUCACCCUUUCCUAGUGAUUCUCUUUCUGUACUAGGAAGAAAUAGGGUGUUACGUAAUAAUGUUUGGUUGUUGGGGCAAAGAUCUUUUUGUGUUUGGAGUAGUAUAGUCCAUCUGAAAUAGAAACCAAAAUCCUUCACCAAGUUGUAAUCUUGAUGUCGUAACCCCCCAUCCAGAAACACCACUGGAUGUAACAGCAUGUCUAGCUCUUGACCCUGCUGGGGCUGUGCUCUUGUUAUUAGGCAGGGAAGUGAGGAGCAAAGCCAUAUGGAAGCAAAUUCUAGAAUCCUAAGCACUCUGUGUGUUCAUGCAACGGGUGUUUGCUCUGGACUUGAAAUCUCUAUUUUGAAAGAGUCCUUCGAAAAAUGAAUAAUUCACAGUGUGAAUUUCCUUGUAGCCUAUGUCAUGAAAAUCUUACCUAUCCUGAUUUGAAAAUCUACAUGUUUAUUUGAAUUAAAUCACUGUUUUUUGAAACCCCAAAUGGUCUCUUAAAAACUAUUCAGAACCUAUGUAUGUAUUCCUUAGCCUUCUCUACACAGUGCUUCUGAAAGAUUUUCUGUUCAUGAAUGGAUGCCUUUAUGUGUAUAGAAUCGAGUAUAUAUGUGUACCUUUAAAGACAAUUUCUUAAUGCCUUAGCUGAAUGACAUUUUAUAAAGCUGUCACAAUUGAUGUCUAUAGGCGAUUAUAUAUCAUGUUGAUUCAUCAUCCUCAAAAAUUUUGUUAUGUAUUUAAGAAAUUGCUGCUAUUAUAUUUUUCCAAUUAUUUGAGAGGAAAAUACCUGUUUUAGUCUCUGUAGCCCCAAUAAACGUGAAGCAGGAAAUUAAGAGUG